AUGGCUCCAACACUUCAUACUUGGGCUGGCGUUUUGUCGUUCGUGAUUUUCCUGCUAUUCGGCCUACCCGUCGAUGCGCUUCCCAGGAAGAAAACAAUUUCGAAUACUGCUAAUACAGCGACGUCGAACACCGCUGCCGCCGGAGCAGCAGCAGCAGCUGGGAAAAUAUCUACUGCCACUGAUGGGUCAACAAUUUUAGAUAAGACGGUCACAAUUGAUGGGCUUUCCAUUAGAUACAAGAUCAGUGCGCCUGCGGAUCAGUUCACAGCUGCUUCAGGCGUUACUGGGGGUACAGCAGCAGCCAACGCGGCCGGGGCCAAUGGCCUCAAUGUGCUUCUCCACGGUGACGGGGGACAAUCAUUCUUCGAUUUCCCCAACCAAGCGGUUCAGAAUAACUUGAUGGGCGUCGUUGUCCUCGCCCCGAACAAAAACCGUUUCUGGGGAGGAGGUUCGGGCCUUGAACGAACUGAUGGCGUUGCGCACGCCGCCGCAGUUAAUACUCUCAUCCAAGAUCAAUUAUCGAAAGACGUGGCAUUCGACCCUGCCAAUGUAUUCUUUACCGGCGUCUCGGGUGGCUCUCUGCUCCUCUCGGGCUUCUUCAUGCCAACCUUCGGCGCAACUUACCAAACGGGCGUGGAAUUAAACUGCGGUGCUCUCACUCCACAGGUUGCGGUGGUAGAUGGAGCCAAUAUGAUUGCGAACACGAAAUUCCAUUUCCAAAGCACGCAAGAUGAGUUGGCCUCGCUGCAGCCGGCGAUUCCAGAGGCGAUUUCGGCAUAUGAGAAAUUGGCAACCAGUGCAGGUUUGACGGCGGCAGAAAUUGGGGCACUGCAGACGGUGGAUAACACACCAAAUGGAGGAGGACAUUGCGGAUUUGAUGGAAAGGGGUUUGUCUCCGGAGUGCAGUUGAUGGCUACCAACUUUGCCAAUGUGAUGUCUGCCGAUGCGACUGGGGAGGUUACGGGGAUUGGGAAUGUGCUAAAUACCGUUGUCGGAAACGAGGCUCUCCAGUUCAGUAGUGCUACUUAG